AUGUCAAUGUUCAGGUCUGCUGCGGAAGUAUCUUCGUCGGAUUCUGAAUCGGAUUCCGACAGCAGCGAUCAGGAUCAAUUGCAACCUUCUCCACCAGCGAGGGGUACCAGCACCCGUUCUCAGCGUCUUGGCCAGCUCAAUGUAUCUGAUCAGCCGCAACGCGAACUUGACUCUGGCAGCGAACUCGGAACAUCUACUUCAGUGGAAGAUGUCGCCACCUUGUCACAAGAUCCACUUGAGCAUCAUAGAGAAUUUAUGACGUCUGCUCUUCUGGAAUUCUAUUGUCAGAGUCGGGCUGCAGAAAUUCUCAAUGCCCAAGAUGAAACCGGCCGAAAAUUCACGCGGCAGUGUCCAGAGGCAAAAUACCUUGGGUCACAACUGUACAAGUCGAAGUCACAGUUCCUCGCGACUCACGGCGUCUUAUCAAACGGUAUUGACAAGGACGAGUUUGGCGCCGCACGGCAAAGCUACCGAGAUAACUUAGAUCUGCUCGGGCGUGCUUUCUUUAAGGAUAUGAAUUUGAAUGAAUCCAACCCCCAUUCCCCGGUUGAAAGCGGAGAAGAAAUGGCUUUGGUUACGCGGACCUUUCGAGGCGAACCGGGGAGUAGCGCCGGCAAUUCUGCCGUGCAGUUCUGGCAGAACGAAGGUCAAGAGAUGACCUUCCGCAAACACUUUUCCACAAUUGACCACUUAGAAUUUCCCAGGGCUAUGCUUAUGGGACCGGGGAAUCUGCCUAAUCAAUCUCGCCCGCUUUUUGGAAGUUCUCCAGUCAGCAUGCCCCUUUUUAAUUCGCCCUCGAUGCCACCGUAUAACCAUGGGUCCCGCUACUCGGCCGAAUUUAAUGAACUCAAGAUUCUGGGACGCGGAUCUUUUGGCGAAGUUUAUCACGUCAUGAACCAUAUGGAUGGUCAGGAGUAUGCCGUCAAGAAAAUCCCUCUGAGCCAGCGACGUCUAGAUCAACUCCAAUAUGGCAACACGAAUCAGCUAGAAGCCAUCAUGAUGGAGAUUCGGACUCUGGCCCGACUUGAGCAUCCCAAUAUCGUUCGAUAUUAUGCUGCUUGGGCGGAGCAAGUGCAUGUUAUGACUCGGCUUCCUUUUGAAUUUCCAACACGAGCUGGGGAAGAAUCCUCGCAGGUGUCCAUGACAAAUGACGGGAUCACCAACGAAUUCGAUUCUAGCAUGGGUGUUGUGUUCGAGCACUCCCAAAUUUCUCUUGCAGAUUCCAAUAAGACCUCGCCAAUUAAUGACCAAGGAUUCCCCAAUAUAUCACGAUGGGAUAGCCGUGCAACGUCGUCCUCUCAUCGCUCCAAGCAGAGCUCUAGGAGUGCACUUGACAACGAUGAAGACAUUGAAUCUAUCCCCCGCCAUUCUGGGUCAUUAUCCUAUGGGCAAACCUCCACAUUCGGAGGGUCGGAUGAUAUAUUCACGGACGGGAUGAGUCAGGAUCAGUCGAAGCUUCGAAUCCAACGACAAUACCGACCUGGCCAGCAACAGCCAGCCGUCAUCCUUCAUAUUCAGAUGUCACUUCAUCCAAUUUCACUCAGUUCCUAUUUGAACCCUCAAGUGACAACCCAGGAUGACGAUGGCUGUUCUCCUCCUCGGCGUCAUUGUUUUCAUCUGAUUCCUUCUUUGAAGCUGAUGCUGGAAAUCAUCUCUGGUGUUGAAUAUCUUCACUCCAAAAAAAUUGUACACCGGGAUUUGAAACCGGCCAACAUCUUUUUGUGCGCUCCCGAAAAGCAUGCCUUGCAGGUCUGUCCUUCAUGCAGCUCGGACUCCAUCUCUUCAGCCCAAUUCUCUCGACCUCGUAUUGGGGACUUCGGACUUGUUGCAGAUAUUUCGCGUCUUGAGGCUCCUGAAAAUGGUAUCAUGACACCAUAUCACGAAGGUCCCAAAAUACAACGAGUCGUAGGAACCGAGUUCUACCGCCCUCCUGUCAACAUGAACGGGUCAGAUGCCUUGGGCUAUUUUGACCAGUAUACCAUUGAUGAAAAGCUCGACGUUUAUGCGCUGGGUGUGAUCCUCUUCGAACUGAUCUACCGUCUGAACACCAAGAUGGAGCGACAAUUCGUACUGAACGAUCUCACCCGCUCUAUCUCGUUUCCCAGCGACUUCGCUAACAAGAUCGACCAAGGAAACGCUCGGUGGGACUCUGGAAUUUCGGUCGCCGAGACUUUGAUGGCCUGUAUUCGAGAAAUGUUGACUCCCAAGUCUCGCCAACGCUGGACUUGUCAAGAGGUCAAGGAUAAUUUACGCCCCAUCUAUAAAUUCAUGAAGCGCCAGCAGGAGAAGAGUGAAUAA